CGCCCGGCCCGGGAUGUGAGACAGGGACUUGUGUUGUGCAGAAAUAAAAAGCGCUCUCGCUCAACCUCAUGAACUUUUAGCGACGUUUCUGCCUUUUACACAUGGAGACCUGACGAAAGACACGCUUUCCGAUGCUGACCCGGAUCAUUUCGCCGUGUUAUUUAUUAUUAAGUCCUCAAUAUUUCUGUCGUUUUUUUUCUUCAUCAUGGAAGCGCGUGCUUCGGGGCGCACUCGCGGUCUAAUGCUCGUGGUAGUUUUGUCUCUGUUCAAACCAACUGCUGGGGCUUUUGCGGGCAGCGCUUCGGUGACUGAAACUUCUUUAUCUACCGACACUGAGGAUGCAGAGCAAGCCAGCGAUUUUACAACUUCCUCUAGAGCAGUGACCAGCGAGAGGACAGCGAGGUUUGGAUACUCUUCCACAUCAGAAAUCUCAGAUCUCCAUCCGAGUUUUACAGAGAGGGAAUCUCACACUGCCAUUGAUCAGAGUUCUUUCACUGAGGUCAUGGAGAGCCAGACAUUACAACACAGAUCAGACAUGUCCACUGAGUUGCAGAAAUCCAGCCCUGCAUUCAGCACUAACACAGUGACUGAGCGGGAAGAUCCUUCUACAAUAGCCAACAUCACUGAUGCUGAUACAGUAACAAAGUGGCAACCUGAACCCAGGACUGAGAGAGAUGUCACUGACAAAAAGCUAACUGAGCAGGAACACACAGAACAGGAUACUACAGAAUCUGGUUCAAACACUGAUAGCACCUAUAUCUCCACCACACUUAGCCAUGUUGGAGAGGACACUCUGCUGUCCAUCACAUCCAACAGCACCUCUCCAUACGUGGAAGACACUAGCUCCAGCAUCUCGGAGACAGCUCCACAUGCGGUCACUGGGCAGGUGGAGAAGACAGGGGUAACUCAGCAUAUGGAGCACACUGAGAAUGCGUUGUUUACUGAAUCUGGUCAUAGUGAGACAAUGUUGGAGGAUUUCCUUACAAAUGCCACCCAAAAGGAGGUCUUUGAGACUGAGGUCUCUCAUGGUUCCCAGACUACCCAGUCUCACACAAGACAGCCCACUGUCACAGGAUCAGAUUUUGAGUCUAUGCCUAAGACUAGCAACCCCAGCUCCACUCCACCUCUUACAGUUAUCAACAGCUCUGACAGUGAGACGGACACCACAGCUGAUUCUUCCACCGACCAGAACUUCUAUACAGACAGCAGCUCAUCUUCAUCUUUCAUCCCUCCGUUUGUCCCUCCAGAGGAUACUCAUACCAAUGUGUCUCUCCAGGGCGGCGAGACCACUGAGACUCCUACAGGUCCUAUGAGUACCAGUACAGGUGACAAACCAGAUGAGCCCCAGACAUUUAUGGAAGAAACUACUAUUCCUGGUCUGACUGCUGUACCUUCCACUCUCUGGUAUACGACCAUCAGUGAGGAUGAGUCCCAAUCCACCCAGCAGACCUUUGUCUCCCAAACCGAUAGUCCUCCAGAGCCCACAGGGGUGCUGAGCACAACUGCAGGAUCUACGACCCACAAGCCAUCACUUACAGAAGAGGACACACCUAAGGCUAGCACUGUCCCUCUUACUAGCAUCUCGCUAGAUAGCACAAGCACCACAGUGCCACUUACGUCACAUCAUUUUCAAGCCAGCACCACUGCCAAGGCUCACAGUACGCCACACAGUACCCUCUCUGCAACGGAGACCACUAAGAAGACCACACCCACCACAGAACAGCACCACCCCACCACUGGAACAGCCACUCCCUCUCUGUCCGCCAGCUCAUCCCAAUCUGGAGCUGGUGCUACUGAUGUGAGCACGCUGCAUAUUGAGACCAGCACUGCUACACCCGGCAGCACCACAGCGCACAGCCAGCACACCACUGCAUCCUACCAUAAGAGCACUCCCACCACGAGCACUGCGGUAAUAACCACAGGAAAGCGCACUAAGACUGAAGCCACAACCACACAGAUGCCUGUGAAGUUAAGCCUGACUCCUGGUCACAUGUGUAGGCCUCACCUCUGUAAAAAUGGAGGCAAAUGUGUAUUGACUUCGAGUGGCUACAGGUGCGAGUGUCUGCCCGCCUGGACAGGAGAAAACUGCACUGAGGAUGUGGAUGAGUGUGUGAGCAGCCCGUGCCCUCAAAACUUGGUGUGUGUGAACACCAGGGGCUCAUUCAGCUGUGAAUGUCCCCUGGGUUAUGACCUGCAAGAUGGACGAAGCUGUAUACAAACAAAGACGUUCUUCGGGAUUUUCACUGUGAACAGUUCUCUGCAUGACUCACACAGAGAGAUCUUACAGUUGUUGAAUGCCUCACUCUCCAACCUGCGUGAUUAUAGACGUUCAACUCUGCGGGAUUUGGACAGGUUACACAUCUUGGCUGUGAACAUGUUCUCUAUGUCUGCUGAGGUGACCUGCACUGACAUCUUCUUUAGGAUCCAGAUGUCUCUCAGAAACUGCAACAAACCACAGUCCCACUGCUCCUUAAAGCUUCAACACCAGCUCACUUAUCAAGUGGGGAGUCUUUGCUCAGCCCAGAGUGGAUGUGACACUCAGUAUGCUGUGUGCAAUGAUACUGAUGGAAACCCAUACUGCCAGUGCCAUGAAGGAUACUUCAAAAAGAACCCAGAGGACAGCACGUGUAGAGACUGUGGCGAUGGCUUUAGGCUUGUUAAUGGAACUUGUGUGGAAUGUCCAUUUGGAUUUGGGGGAUUCAACUGCAAUAAUUUUUAUGGGCUGAUAGCAAAGGUGGUUUCUCCUGCUGCCGGGGGGUUGUUGCUCAUCGUCAUCAUUGCUCUUGUCGUAACCUGUUGUAGGAAGGACAAGAAUGACAUUAAUAAAAUAAUCUUCAAAAGUGGGGAUCUUCAAAUGUCUCCAUAUGGUGAAUUUCCCAAGAGUAAUCGUGUAUCAAUGGAGUGGGGCAGGGAGACCAUUGAGAUGCAAGAAAAUGGCAGUACCAAGAACCUCUUGCAGAUGACCGAUAUCUAUUACUCUCCAGCUCUGCGAAAUGCCGAUCUGGAGAGGAACGGGCUUUAUCCAUUCUCGGGCCUGCCUGGUUCACGGCACUCCUGCAUUUACCCCGCUCAGUGGAACCCAUCAUUCAUCAGUGACGACUCACGGCGGAGGGAUUAUUUUUGACACCACACUGCCUUGGACUGAGUCAUCAGUGUACUCAUAAGGAAUGUAGCAAAAGCUCUAUAGCAAGAUGGAGCUAACCGUGGAUAGGAACAGCACUGACCACUAAGUAGCCUAUGAAUGUGAAAAUGAGCUGGCAGGAAAGAAUUCAAAAUCAUUUCAUGCACUUCUUAGAACUGUGAAGUAAUCACAAGGGGAAUUGCGCUCAAUAUAAAUGCUGUUAGCAAAUCCAGUGUUGCACUUCAAUCUCUCAACACAGACGUUUGAUCUCAAAUGGAAUAAGCCAUAGAAGUACAUUUGAAGAAACACAUUUGAAGAAAGGCAAAUGAUACACCUGCUAGGGUAGUGUAAACGUGUGCAUAUGUCUGUACAAGCUUAUUGUAUUUAAGCCUGAGAAGUUUGUAGGAGAUCUCUUUAAAAGCUGGUAAACUGUACAAAUGGUAUAUUGCUGUAGAUCGUUUUAUCAGUAGAUGUAGCAAGACAAAGUAGGUCCUUAUAUUAACAUUCACUUAAGGACAUGCAGUGAAUUAAAAUGCACUUGGUGCUAUUUCUUUACAUAAUGUAGACUAUGGCACUAUAUCCAUGAUACCACAAAGAACAGUGCAACAUGAUUAUUUAUUCAAUUAACUUAAUGUCAUUUCCAGAUAAAUAUGCAUUAGAUAUAUAGUUAGAUAUAAUUUCACACAUCAUGAUCUAUGGAACAACCUUAUGGUGUGUGUGUGUGUGCGUGUGUAUGCAUGCAUGCGUGUGUGUGUGUGUGUGUGUGUGUGUGUGUGUGUGUGAGUGUGUGUGUGCACCAAAUACCUGCUAUUUUGCUACAUGUGUGUUUAUAAGGUGGAUUAUAUUUUUGUCAAUAACGUACAUUUUUAAUAGCUGAAGUAUUCUUUUAUGCCUACAAGUAUUUUCUUUUCUCCCCUGUGGAUGGUCACUUAAAUCUGGCGUUUUAGUCAGACAUAUUUAAAUAAAGCAGCAGUGAUGUUCA